AUGCGGCCAACGUUUCGCGCGCUCGCGCGCUACCUCGAGCCGGGCACCCCGACCGGUCUGACCGGGCUCUGGACUCACAGCACACCCCGAUCAACAUUGCUAUAUCUCUACGGCAGCACCCUCGACAAGCUUCAGUCGGUACCUGAGACGUCUCUAUACCGCCAGUCUGUCGAAGCGGUCACAAAGCAUCGGAUGGGCCUCGUCGAGCAGGUGACCCCUCCGGGAUACAACGAGUGGGCAGACAAGGCGAGGGACUUGGUGAGCAAAAAUCCAGAUCAGUUCCGCGUCGCCAGCGGCCGCGUCGACGGCAGUGAGGCCAGGACAGUGAAGCUCGGCGACCGCACUUUCGUCGUCGGCUCCAAGCACGAGAAGGGCGACAUUCGAUACGAAGAAUGGGACGGCGAGGAGAACGAGGGCGGUGAGCUCGAGGGUGUCCGAACAGCUGCGGAGAGGCAAGACCAGGCGACCUGGGCUGAGCGGAAGCCUCUCGAGGACCACGAAAAGGUGGAAUGGGAGGACGAGCCGCAGCUGACGGCUGAGCAAGUCUCCGAAUUGGAGCAAAAGAUUGGCGCAGGUCUGAUUGAAGAAGUCAUCCAAGUCGCCGAGGGCGAGCUACGGCUCAUUGGCAUGAUGGAAAAGGCCAAGAUCUGGGACGGCCUUGACGACAAGCCUGCUCAAGGGCAGUGGGAGUAUUUUGAGCGCCAGACAAUGUAA